GAAGGAAACACUAUGACAGGGGAAAUCCUGUGCAGCUAACUUCCUUAUUGAAGCGUCAUUAGAUUUUGGUUAUUUGUUCCGUUGUGCUGCAGUAUCACUUUGGAAGACAUUUUAUCUAAAUUGUAUAUAAUAUUUUGAUCACAAAGAGUCUGAUAUUACUGAAUAGCCUUGUUAUUUGUUUGGACAGAUUCAAUCUGAAUCACCAUUUGUAACAUCAGGAGAAAUGGAAGCAGCUACAGUAGUUUCUUUCACCAUGGCAGUACUUUCAGGGUUUUGUUAUGGAGCAGUUGGAUACAGAGACAGGAUCAAUCUGGACAGAUCGUCAGGAUCCCUGGAGCUCAUGAAUCUUGAUCUGACUGACAGUGGACAAUACACAGUGACCAUUUUAACACCUGAAGCAGUAUCAGUGGAAGAAAACACCAAACUGGAAGUGUAUGAACCAAUAUCUGGUGCUAUCAUUACAACUUCCCCAAACCCUCCAAUCAUCGAGGGGAAUUCUGUCAACUUAACCUGUGAUGCUUCUGGCUCCAUCAUCACCAGAGAGUGGAUGAAGGAUGGUCAGCUUCUGUCUGCUGGUGGCAACCUAACCAUCUCCGAGGAUAAGAGAGUGCUGUCCAUAAACCCUGUGAAGAGAACAGACAGUGGAGAAUACCUGUGUAGAGUCAGCAACCUCGUCAGCACCGCUGAUGCUAAAGACAUUCUCCUUGUAAAGUCAGAGGACUCUUUAUCACCAGUUCUGCCUGCUCGUGCCCUCACUGGUAUUGUGAUUGGAGUAUUGCUGGUUGUGGGAGGGGCAGUUAGUGUUGCAGUGUUCUUCAUUAGGAAAAAUGGAACCAAUGCUGAGCCAAUGCAUCAAGGAGGCUCUCAACAACUUGUAUAUGAGAACACAUCACCUGUAUAUGAGAACACAUCACCUGUAUAUGAGAACACAUCACCUGUAUAUGAGAACACAAGACAAAAUCAAUCUCCACGGCCCUGACAUCCUCCCAGUUUUGACCCUUGCCUGCCUUGACUCUGAACCUGCCUGGCUGACCAUACUGCCUGCCCUGACCACAAGCCUGCCUGCCCCUCUGUACCCUCUGGACUCUGACCUUGUUAUAAUCUUUUGACUGUCCCUUGGAUACUAAUAAAUAUCAGAGACUCGAACCAUCUGCCUCCCGUAUCUGGGUCUUGCCCUGUGCCCUUAUAAAAAAAACUAUGUAUUUAUGUGUUAAAAGGUAUUCAUGCUGUGUCACUUUUCUCCCUCACCUUAAAUCUAACAGUAAGAAAAGUCAAUGGAAAAGAUCUUCAUUCAACCACCAUUCUCCAGUGAAUUCCAUCAUCAUCACAUAGAACACCUGCAUGAUAACACCCAGUGUGGAUCUGUAAUGUAAAUAAUCAAUACAUUUAUCUUAUGUUUGAUUGUCUGCUUUUAUUGUGUACUUUUAGUAAUUAAAAACAUAUUAAUAAUAAGUAGAUAAUACAAUACUAUACUGUAACUUUGUCACGACCAGUAUUUAGGUAUUAUUUGUAUUAUAUUUGGUCAGGGCGUGGCAGAGGUAUGUUUGUUUUGUAUGGUGGGUUUUUUGUGUGUGUGGUUUAGAGGGGUGUGUUAUUUAGGUGUUCCUGGGUUUUGGGUGUAUGUUUCUGAAUUAGUAUGUUCUAGGUUAGUUUUUCUAUGUGUAGGUUUGGGUGCUGGACUCUCAAUUGAAGGCAGGUGUUUCUAGUUGCCUCUGAUUGGGAGUCCUAUAAGUAGGUGUGUGUUUGGUUUGUCAUUUGUGGGUAGUUACAUUUUGCACUGCUAAGUAUUAUUGCUUUAGCCUGUGAAACUGGCCUUCGGCUUUCUUGUUUUUUGUGUAUGCUUCAUUAUAUCUAAUUAAAAGAUGAGCAUCCACAUUC